CUUUUGCUUUCCUCGCUCAGGCUCUCUCUCUCUCUCUCUCUCCUCUCUCUUUCUCUCUCUCUCUCUCAUGUGAAGAAAUUCUGAAUAGAUCUUCCAAUCUGGAUCCUCAAAGGUUAUGUUUCAGCCAGGUCUCUCUUACCCCAGGGGGUGACAGUUUGUAACUACAUAAAGACCUUAGGCUUGAUUCAUAGAACAUUAUACAAGAUGGGGCGUCUGAAGUUGCAAUCUGGAAUCAAGGCAAUUGAGGAAGAGCCUGAGGACUUUGAUGAUACUAAUUCUAACAGAGCUACUUUAGCAUGCAUGAUCAAUACAGAAGUUGGUGCUGUAUUGGCAGUGAUGAGGAGAAAUGUAAGGUGGGGAGGACGUUACAUGUCAGGUGAUGAUCAGCUAGAACACUCGUUGAUUCAGUCUCUGAAGGUGUUACGGAAGCAAAUUUUCUCAUGGCAACAUCAGUGGCAUGCCAUAAAUCCAGCCUUGUACCUCCAGCCAUUUCUAGAUGUGAUUCGAUCAGAUGAAACUGGUGCACCAAUUACUGGUGUUGCUCUUUCAUCCGUUUACAAGAUUUUAACUCUUGAUGUGAUUGAUCAAAAUACUGUUAAUGUGGAAGCUGCUAUGCAUCUGGUAGUUGAUGCUGUGACUAGCUGCCGAUUUGAGGUGACAGAUCCUGCAUCAGAAGAAGUUGUGCUGAUGAAGAUACUUCAGGUUCUACUGGCUUGUAUGAAAAGUAAAGCGUCAGCUAUGCUAAGUAAUCAGCAUGUCUGCACCAUUGUGAACACUUGCUUCCGUAUAGUCCAUCAAGCAGGGAGUAAAGGUGAGUUGUUGCAGCGUCUAGCUCGCCAUACAAUGCAUGAACUUGUUAGGUGUAUUUUUCUGCACCUCGCUGAUAUCGACAAUACAGAAUGCGCAUUGGUUAAUAGAACUACUACUGUCAAACAAGAGAUUGGUGGGAUUGAUAACGAUUAUGCUUUUGGGAGUAAACAAAUAGAGAAUGGUAAUGCUAACUCUGAAUAUGAUGGUCAAAAUUCCUCUGCAAACUUUGCAUCUAAUACUUCUUUGAGUCUGGCAGCCACUAUGGUAGAAGAUGGUACUAUUGGGGCUGGAAGUGGACAGGAGGCUGUUUCGUUUGAUUUGCAUCUCAUGACAGAACCUUAUGGGGUUCCUUGUAUGGUGGAGAUAUUUCACUUUUUGUGCUCUCUGCUUAAUGUGGUUGAGCAUAUGGGAAUGGGUCCUCGAUCAAAUACUGUAGCAUUUGAUGAAGAUGUGCCACUUUUUGCUUUGGGCUUAAUUAACUCGGCCAUAGAGUUAGGUGGGCCCUCCAUUCGACAUCAUCCAAGGUUAUUGAAUUUGAUUCAAGAUGAAUUAUUUCAUAAUUUGAUGCAAUUUGGCUUGUCAAUGAGCCCACUUAUUCUUUCAAUGGUUUGUAGCAUAGGUCCAACAAUUGCAGCCAUUUCUGUUGUAUUUGAUCAUGCUGAACAUGAAGAUGUUUACCAGACAUGUAUUGAUGGAUUCUUAGCUGUCGCAAAGAUUUCAGCCUGCCAUCAUCUAGAAGAUGUCCUGGAUGACUUGGUUGUCUCUCUCUGUAAGUUCACAACCCUUUUGAACCCAUCAUCUGUUGAGGAGCCUGUGCUAGCCUUUGGUGAUGACACGAAAGCUAGGAUGGCAACUGUCACUGUCUUUACAAUUGCAAAUAGAUAUGGUGAUUAUAUUCGUACGGGUUGGAGAAAUAUUUUGGACUGUAUAUUACGGUUGCAUAAGCUUGGUCUUCUUCCAGCUCGUGUGGCCAGUGAUGCAGCAGAUGAAUCUGAGCUCUCUGCUGAUAUUGGACAUGGAAAGCCUAUUACAAAUUCUUUGUCUGCAGCUCAUAUGCCAUCAAUGGGAACUCCAAGGAGAUCUUCUGGAUUGAUGGGCCGAUUCAGUCAACUGUUAUCACUGGACACAGAGGAGCCAAGAUCACAACCUACUGAACAACAACUUGCUGCUCAUCAACGAACUCUUCAGACAAUUCAAAAAUGUCAUAUUGAUAGUAUAUUUACUGAAAGUAAGUUUCUGCAAGCUGAAUCUUUAUUGCAGCUUGCACGUGCACUCAUUUGGGCUGCAGGGCGACCACAAAAAGGGAGUAGCACUCCGGAGGAUGAGGAUACUGCAGUUUUCUGCCUGGAAUUGCUUAUUGCAAUUACCCUAAACAACCGAGAUAGAAUUGUGCUUCUGUGGCAGGGUGUUUAUGAGCAUAUAGCUAAUAUUGUUCAGUCCACUGUCAUGCCUUGUGCACUGGUAGAGAAGGCCGUUUUUGGUCUCCUCCGAAUCUGCCAGAGGCUGCUUCCAUAUAAAGAGAAUCUUGCUGAUGAACUUUUGAGGUCACUGCAGCUUGUCUCAAAGCUGGAUGCUCGUGUAGCUGAUGCAUACUGUGAACAAAUUACUCUGGAAGUAAGUCGCCUAGUGAAAGCAAAUGCUGCUCACAUCAGGUCCCAAAUGGGGUGGAGAACAAUCACGUCUCUACUUUCUUUCACAGCUCGGCACCCUGAAGCUUCUGAAGCUGGAUUUGAUGCUUUGUUGUUCAUCAUGUUAGAUGGAGCUCACUUGUUACCAGCCAAUUAUAUUCUCUGCACAGAUGCUGCAAGGCAGUUUGCUGAGUCUCGUGUUGGACAAGCAGAGCGGUCCGUCCGUGCCCUAGAUCUUAUGGCCGGUUCUGUUAACAGUUUGGAAAGGUGGGCCUGUGAAACAAAGGAAACAAUGGGAGAGGAGGAAGUUGUUAAAAUGUCGCAGGAUAUUGGGGAGAUGUGGCUGAGGCUUGUACAAGGAUUGAGAAAAGUUUGUUUGGACCAGAGAGAGGAGGUCAGGAACCAUGCUCUUCUCUCAUUGCAGAAGUGUUUGACAGGAGUUGAUGGUAUCCAACUUGCUCAUGGUUUGUGGUUACAAUGUUUUGAUCUUGUUAUCUUCACGGUGCUUGAUGACUUGCUUGAAAUUGCCCAGGGCCACUCUCAAAAAGAUUACCGAAACAUGGAAGGUACUCUUACCCUCGCUGUGAAGUUACUUUCAAAAGUGUUCUUGCAGUUACUCCCUGAACUGUCACAGUUAACAACCUUCUGCAAGCUAUGGUUGGGUGUUCUCAGCCGAAUGGAGAAAUAUAUGAAGGUAAAGGUUAGAGGCAAAAAAAGUGAGAAACUUCAGGAGACAGUACCUGAGCUUCUUAAGAACAUCUUGCUUGUGAUGAAGACAAAGGGAGUGCUUGUACAAAGGAGUGCCCUCGGUGGAGAUAGCUUGUGGGAACUGACAUGGCUCCAUGUGAAUAAUAUCGCUCCAUCUUUACAGGCUGAGGUGUUUCCUGACCAAGAUAUGGGGCAGUCACAGGUCAAGCUGGGUGAAACAGCUGGAAGUUUGGUGUCUGAUUCUGGCCAUUCAAGUGAAACAGUGGCCUCUGAAGGAGCUGGUUCAGCAGGUUAGGCUUCUGUAGAGUAAUUCUGUUAUUCAGAAUCAGUUUGUUAUGGCAUGUUGUAAUGAGAGUGUAGCCCGGAGUAUCAGACUGCUCUUUCAAGGUAUUUUAUGCCCAGAAAUUGGAGAAAUAAUGGCGUUCAUGGUUGAGAUUCAUUAGAUCCGGAUAUAGGUUGGAACAGCUAGGUGCAGAUUGGCACAAUUAAAGGAAGCUGAGAGAUUGGGAUUUUCCUGAUGUUGGUGAAAGUUUCUAGAUACUCCAUUUUCAUAUUUUGGUUACCGUAGUUUUGCUGUGGAACCUUGUCGAUGUGUAUAGUAGUAUUGUUAAUGCCUGAGGAAAGGGGACGCCAAUGGUUUUGUGGUCCUCCACGAUCUCACGCAGUCUCAGCAGAGAAGGAAUUAAAACUUUACUAUUUUGAAUAUGCGAAAAGGGAUAAAUCAUCAAAAUCCCUGGAAUUUAAGGCUAUAAAUUUGUAUUUGCUUCUCAAAUGAUGUAAAGGACUCUGGAAGUGGAGGUUUGGAAAAGAAAGUUUCUCUGUGAUUCUAUUGAUUCAAAUGUUAAGUGUGUAACUAAUUUUUCCAAGGUUUCAUGACCUGGAACCUUAGGUGGAAUUGAGCUCUUCCUGUCUCUCUUCUUGGAAGGACUGUAAAUGCCUCGAAGAAAUACAGCGGAUUUUCAAUUUUGUUGGGGGGAACAUGGACUCUGCUGAGCUCUAACAUAUUACAUCAUUGUAAUAGUCAAAUCAUAAUUGAUGAUACUUUCUAAAA